GCCCACUUUUACCUGCCUCCAUGCCAGCAAAUCAACUCUUCAGCCGCGGAGGCUGACUCACUGAAGCCAGGGAAGUCAAAGAAGUUACUGUUUUCAGUCAAAGUGACGACAAGAGUUUAGGACUCUGACAUGGAUACCCUCUCUGCUGUUUUGACUUGUUGCCUUCUGGCCAUUUCUUUUGCUGCGGUGCAAACAGUAGAAGGGCAUUCCCUCACAACAAAACCUUCUGUCUCAGACUACAUGACACAAACAACUGAAUUAAUGAUGUCAUCGCACACCACGGGAAACACAGCUUCUACAUCAAAAGUGAAUGAGAACACAACAACCGCGUUCAGCAGCACAACCUGGAACAAUGAAACAAUCAACCAAACUACAAUCAACCUGCAGACUUCUCAGUCAACCACCAUCUUGGCUCCUCUGACAAACAGCACCACCCUGACGACCAGCACGCCUGCUGCUCUCACUCCAACAUCGACUGUGUUGACAGUGCCCACGAGUGAGACCACAACAGGUUACACAAGGACUCCUGACACUACGGCAAUUACAAGCGCGAAUUCAACUCGCACUGUUAAUACGACUUCACAUUCAGUGGACGCAACCACACAAGGUUUAAGACUAAACAUUUCAGAACAGAACUUGACGAUUGUCUUCAGCGUGGUACUGGGAGUUUUUGCCGUGUCCCUGGUCGUAUUCAUGUUUCGAAGAUGCAGACAAAAAACCCAAUACUUGCAUCAGCCUUUAAACAACUCUGACUGCGCGGAUGCUUUCGUAGCCGAUGAUGACACGCUCGUAAUCUCUGGAGGACUUUAUGACGGCCAUCCCAUGGAUGAUAAUGCACCUGCAGCCCCAGACGACCAAUCUCGGUUUCGCCUCGAGUUCCUUCACUGAGACAGUUAACCCCCGUUUGAGACGUCACCCUCACACAACAAGGUUUCCUCAUCUACCAAUGUGAAGAUAAAUUUCUUCAUGUGGAAGGAAAAAAUGAGGAAGUCAUUCAAACAAGAGCUGAGCUGAUCUAUUUGAACACCUUUACUUAUAUCACUAUCAAAACGAGAACAGAUUUAUAUAUGUUUAGAUUUGAAUACAUAACUCCUACACCUCUCCCCAUACCAGCCAUAUAAACUAAACAUAGAACAUCAGUAACGCAUCAGGUAACAUCAGAGGUUAAAAGGAUAGAAUAUUAAAAACCCAAGAACACUGUUUAACCAUAACAACACUUCCUGAACGAAUGUAAAGAAAAUAAAAUUAUUAUUAUUAUUA